AUGGCACGCGACGAAGGCGAUGCUCGAGAAAGGCUACGCUCAACGUUUUUCUACGGCUACUUGUUGGUAUGGUUGUACGUUUCGUCCUCUUUUUGUCGUAUGCUCGAACAAGUAGUCGAAGUUCUCCAUCCUGGACGAGCCACUGUCCCUAAAACCGAUAUUAGAGAGAAGAUUGCGAAGAUGUACAAGACCACACCUGAUGUUGUUAUUCCGUUUGGCUUCCAAUCUGCUAUCGGAGGUGGAAAGACUAAGGGAUUUGCUCUUGUCUAUGACACUCUAGACUACGCCAAGAAGUUCGAGCCUAAACACCGCCUUAUCCGCACCGAAAGAAAUGGCAUUCCGAUGAAAACAAUACUGGUCUAUGAGGUACGCGUGAAACAGAUUUCUGCCAAGUUCCAUCAGCAUUUGACGGGGCCAAAGAAAGGCGUGGUUCAGCGUUAUCUUGGUGGAAUGCACAGUAUCGUUCCCUUCUAA